UCAUCACCUAAUUAAUUACCGAUCAAUGCACGUCACCCAUGGGAAUUGGUCGAUUAUCCGUCACUUCUGGCAAGUCGAAGAGAAUGAAACCCACAGACCCAGGUGGAAUCGCUCUGGUCAAGUGGAUUGACCUUUCGCCUAUCCGUAUCCAAGAUACGGAGUUAUAAACUAAUGACUGACUAACGCUGACAGUGCUGUAGUAUUUCUCAGUGAAAAGCUUCCAUCCUCGCUCCAGGCUGUUCUACAGCUUUCCUAAUAUUGUGCCCGUCAAGUAUAAGUAGCUGCGGCUGUGAUCGAUGAAACUCCUUUUAUCAUUUUUAACUUGCAUCGCAGCAGUCUUCCUCGCAUAUCAGUUCGCCUCUGAUUCAGCUCACCUCGGAAGUCUAAGCGCUCCGCUCAAAGAACAACUUUCAACCACCUUGUCGCAGUACCUGCGAAAGAACAACAUCGCCGCCUCCUCCGUUCCUCCCAUCACGCACACCGAGCCAAUCGUCCUCCCCCUCACCGAUAUGGCUGUCCCCCGCGCAAUCCGUCAGGUCUUCCUGGCCAUCGAACAAGCCGAAGGCGCCGGCGCCCGCGUCCGCCGCCCCUUCCUCAUGCUGGAUCACUUCAGCGUCGGCCACGGCGCAGGGUUCCCAGACCACCCCCAUCGCGGCCAGGAGACCAUCACCUACCUGCUCUCCGGCGGCGUCGACCACGAAGAUUUCGCCGGGAACAAAGGCACCAUCGGCCCCGGCGACCUGCAGUUCAUGACCGCUGGCCGCGGCAUCAUGCACGCCGAGAUGCCCCGCGAGAACUCCGACGGCAGCCUCAACGUCGGCAUGCAGCUGUGGGUUGACCUGCCCAAGGAGCUGAAGAUGUGCGAGCCGCGGUACCGCGAUCUCCGCGCGAGCGAGAUCCCCGUCGCGGAGGUCGACGACGGCCGCGUCACGAUCAAGGUCAUCUCGGGCCAGUCACAUGGUGUCGACUCGGUGCGCGACCUGGCCUACACGCCUGUGUGGCUAUUGGAUGUGACGAUCCGGCCGGGCGGCCGCAUCUCCCAGCCGCUGCCCAAGGGCUGGAAUGCGUUUGCGUAUACGCUCGCCGGGACGACGAUCUUCGGCUCGAAUGACGCCACCCGCGUCGUCAAGGAAUUCCAUAAUGUCGUCUUUGACCAGCCGGGUGAUUAUGUCGAGGCGUCGGUCCCGGAUAAUGCCGAGUCGGAGUCUCGCUUCAUCCUCGUGGCGGGCCAGCCUCUGGAUCAGAAGGUCGUGCAGUACGGGCCUUUUGUUCUCACGAGCCAGGAGGAGGUCUACCAGGCCAUGCUUGACUACCAGACCGCGUCGAAUGGAUUCGAGCGAGUCCGUGGGUGGGAGAGCGAGAUCGGCAAAAGAAUGACCCACUAGGAUGCAAAAUAGCCUACCUAUAGACUUGCUGAUGUAUUUCGGUGCUUUUUUUACUUUUGCAUAUAUGAUACUCCACGGAUGGCGUUAAGAGUUUUGUAUGCUCUGAAAUAUGAAUUAUGUCUCCUCAUUUUGGUUGCUAGCUCGCACGCUAC